AUGGCGGCAGCGCGGGUGCUGCUGCUCCUGUCCGGGCGCCCGGAGUCGGCGAGCUUCACGCAGAGUGUGUGUGGCCUCCCGGGCGCCGGGUCAGGGCUCGGGCCGUGGCCCACGUACUGCGGCUUGAAGCGAGGACGGCUCGUCCUCUCGGCCAGGCCUUUCCCAGGCGCCUCGGCCAGGCUUCCGCUCCAGCCACUCCCUUUUUGCCCCUUUGCGGCCCUGGAUCAGCAGCCCAGGGCUUCGGGGCCAGAGCUGCCCAAGAAUCGAGACGUGGAUCUGGGUGUGGCCGUCAUGCUGCAGUCCAGCGACCAGACUGUCUUGUUGACCCGAAGGAUCCGCGCCCUCAGCGUUUCUCCCAACCUCUGGGUACCCCCAGGUGGGCAUGUGGAACUGGAUGAAGAGCUGUUGCACGGAGGGCUUCGAGAGCUUUGGGAGGAGAGUGGACUACAGCUGCCCCAGGGCCAGUUCUCUUGGGUUCCUCUGGGGUUAUGGGAGUCUGCCUACCCUCCUAGACUGAGCUGGGGUCUCCCCAAAAACCAUCACAACAUUCUAUAUCUACUUCUGGUCUCCCAGGAGUCACAGCAGCAGCUGCAGGUCUGGAUCCAACCAAACCCAAGUGAGGUGAGCGCGCUUUUGUGGCUGGGACCAGAUGUAGCAGCUGCAGUGGCUGCCACAGAGGAUGGGACAGAGACACCCAGACAUCUCCCUCAGGACCUACCACCCUCUGUCCUUGCAGUGAAAGUAGAGGAGGAUGGAGGAGUUCGACCUCUGGCCCUGCCCCUGUCCACACUGCUGCGGACGACCCCAACCACAGCAGAAAGCAAAGAGAGAGUGAGCACUGGGACCAAGUUCGCCCUCAGUCUCUGGCUGCAACAUCUGGGCAGUGUGACACCCCUACCAUGUGAAAGUGGAGCCCACGUGGAUCCAGGGCCAGCAAAGGAAGAAGAGAUCAUGGACCCCCUCCCAAACCAGGGAUCUGGAAAACGAAGUGCGUAGUCCCCUCCCCAGCCCACCUCCGUGACACUCACAAAACAUUCACAA